AAAGAGAGGAGGAAAAAAAAGAAGCGCUCAAAUCCCGACACAGUUUAGCGAUGAUGGGAAGGAUGUAGUCCAGUUUUUACUGAAUGUCCCUGGGAUGGGAAACGGGAUUACCUUUCUUUUAGAAACAGUAUGGACCUCUGCAGACAUCGCCAACGGGAGAUAAUUGGGUUUUGACAAUGAGAAGUAUGGGAACAGCACAAUUGCACUUCAGUAAAAAGCACUCAAAGGGAGUGAUUGGGAUGCUGUGUCAGGGCUAGAGCAAGCAGUGGGACUGAUUCACAGUCAGCAGGAGAGCCCUUCUAAAUGAGCCUGUGUGCGCUACUGGACCUGCUUUGAAAAGGAAUAAGGACUUAAUAGGAUGUCAACAGAGGCGGAACUCCAGCCAGCUGUGAGACCCAGCGUGAGAAAGGAAUCCAAGAAGAAAGGUCAGGACCGCAGCGAGGCUGGGCUGAUUAAGCGCUUCAAAGGGGAUGGGGUCCGCUACAAGGCCAAGCUGAUCGGGAUUGAUGAGGUCACGGCUGCACGCGGAGACAAGCUGUGCCAGGAUUCCAUGAUGAAGCUGAAGGGAAUUGCCGCCGCAGCACGUUCAAAAGGAGAACACAAGCAGAAAGUCUUUUUAACUGUCUCCUUCGGAGGGAUCAAGAUCUUUGACGAGAAGUCAGGGGUCCUUCAGCACCACCAUGCUGUCCACGAGAUCUCCUACAUUGCAAAGGACAUCACUGAUCACCGCGCCUUUGGCUACGUCUGCGGCAAGGAGGGCAACCAUCGAUUCGUAGCUAUCAAGACAGCUCAGUCUGCUGAGCCAGUGAUACUUGACCUGCGUGAUCUCUUCCAACUCAUCUAUGAGAUCAAGCAGCGUGAGGAGAUGGAAAAAAAGGCACAAAAGGACAAGCAGUGUGAACAGGCUGUUUACCAGACGAUUUUGGAGGAAGACGUGGAAGACCCAGUGUACCAGUACAUUGUGUUUGAGGCUGGACACGAGCCCAUCCGUGACCCCCAGUCAGAGGAGAGCAUUUAUCAGGUCCCUACAAGUCAGCAGAAGGAAGGGGUCUAUGAUGUUCCAAAACGGCACCCAAAUGGGCAGACGCUGGUGGAGAUCGAGGCGGACCUUGGAAAGGUCACAGAGAAUAUCAACCAGUUAGAGCUUUUCGGAGACAUGUCCACCCCUCCAGACAUCACCUCCCCUUCGACUCCCGCCUCUCCAGCCAACACUCUGGACCCCACCAUGGCCCAUCAGCCCCCCUCUGAACUCUUCGCCCCCUUCAACCCUGCGUCUGUGCCCUCAGGUUACGUCACCAUGGGAGCCGUCCAGCCGGCGCACUGGGGCCAGCAGCCGUUUGCAGCGCAGGCACCCCUGGCUUUCGGCGUGCAGUCUCCCAUGCCGGUCGCUCAGGUCAUCCCCGGUGCCCAGCCCAUGAUCUGGGGCCAGGCUAACCUCUUCCCCGCCACCCAGCAGCAAUGGGCCGCCAUGGCGGGUGCCUUCCCCCCCGCUGCCUUCAUGCCGACACAAACUGUGGGCCCCCUGCCGGCCGCCAUGUUCCAGACCCUGGCCCCGGUGACGGCCGUGCCCCCGUCCUGCGAGCCCCCGGCGGCCUCGGCCACCAGCCCCCAGCACACGGACCGCUCCCGGCAGAAGAUGAGCAAGGAGAUGUUCAAGGAUUUCCAGAUGGCCAAGCCGCCGGCCAUGCCCGCGCGCAAGAGCGACCAGCCGAGCCUGGCCUGCACCUCUGAGGCCUUCUCCAGCUACUUCAGCCGAGUGGGCAUGGCCCAGGACACUGACGACUGCGACGACUUCGACAUCUCCCAGAUGAACCUGACCCCGGUCACGUCCACUACACCCUCCACCAACUCGCCCCCCACCCCAGCUCCACGGCAGAGCUCUCCCUCCAAAUCCUCUGCCUCGCAUGCCAGUGACCCCCCCACUGACGACUCCUUCGGAGAGGCAGAGGGCAGUCCUAGCCGGAGCGGGGAGGAAGAUGCUGCCGGAGGCUCUCAGUCGCCCUCCACCAGCGAGCCCCCUGCAGAGCCCUCCGCCGAUCAGCCCAGUCCACAGGUCGGUAGCUAGAUAGCGCAGGUCAGGGUGAAGGAUCCUCUCUACGCCCAGAUCAACAAAGGGAAGAAAUAGGAAGAAUGGGAACACUGCACAGGUCUGAGCGGUGCUGGGGAAGACGGGAGGUGAAAGACUUUGUUUGUCUCCCGGUUGUGCGUGUGCGUGCGUGUGUGUGUAUGUGUGUGAUUCUGUACUCCACUGCAUCAGGUCUCCCCUCAGCCGCCAUGGGCUUCUUCUUCUUCAAGCCACCUUUUCUUCGGUGGAGCAUCCUGGCCUGCUGAGGCUGAUGCCGCUCCUCUGUCUAACUCCAAAACAACGGCAACAACAAAAAUGGAGAUGCUACUCUUUUUUCCUCCCUCUUUUCUUUCUUUUUUAUAUUGUUCUUUCCUCACCUGCAAGGAUCCCAACCACCGUCUUUUUUUUCCCGUGACCAAGCACCCACCCAGCCUUACUGAAGUCUCUAUGCGCAGCCUCACCCCUGACCCCUCUGACACAACCUCGCUGCGUGUAGGAGACCAUGUGGAGUAGUACCUCCCUCCUCCUCCUCAACACAUUGCAUAUAGAGAGAGAUGAUACCCUAAAAAAAUCAACAGAAUUACUGUGGCGCAGCAUAGGAUUGAAUGGAGCCUCUGGCUGAAGUCACAGUGCAGAUUAAAUUUAUUGUUCGAUUCAAUGAGUGGAGUAAUGGAUUCAAAUCAUUUAUGGGAUUAUUUGUUUAUUUUUACUUUUUUGUUUGAGUGUCUGCUGCUAGAGAGCUAUGCAGAAAAGACUUGCUCUGUGAACCCUUAGCUGAAGACACAAGGAGUGAUUUUGCCAAAUUUCUCUUCAUGUAAAGACUCAGAAGAGGGGAGCUGUAAGGUGAAAUGGACACUGACGGGCAUGGAUUUUGCAAAACUGAUUCUGUGAUUGAACUGUUCAUUCUCUAUAGCUUUUGUACAAUACUAAUUAAAAAAGACAUUGAAAUGGAAUUUUUAUUUUAUAAGUCAAUUGAGCCGUUGGGGUCAACUCUAUAUGUGUUUUAGGGUAAAAAUGGCUUUAAGGCAUCUGAACUUUGGUUUGCCAAAUUCAUUUUGUAAAUAAUAGUGUUCAUUGUUUCACCGGGACUUCUGUGGCAUAAAAUAGGCAGGCCUCAGUGAUGCAAACUUUAGAUGGUACCCAAGCAAUAUCAACAUUUGUUUUUUAGAUGAUUUAUUUGGCUUGUUCGUUGUUUUAUGUUUUGUUUGCCAGUGAUCAUGUAUAAAUCCACAAGACUUCUGAGCAGUGGCUGUUGAAGAUAACCAUUGCAGUAGUGUGCACUCAUUCAGAAUUGGGCUUGUCUUCAAAUCGGUAUUUGAAGAAAAAUCAGACUGGAAGCCUGCUGCUGGUGUUCUGCUUUUGGUGGGGCGUAAAGACAGGGCAAUGGGGAUUAUGUGUGGUCAUCAUUCAAAUGCACCUCAGAUUGGACUUCUGCCCCAUGGGAUAGGAGAGCUCCAUUGUGACAUGUGAGAGGAAGUCAAGUGCAGCAGGUGGUUGCAGUGGCAUGUUCAGUUUAGUCACAUGCUCAGUCUGAAACAUACAGUAGCCAAAUGCUGCCACUAGCAGCUCUUGGUCCUGUCAUACAGGCUGCAGGUUGCAAUUUCAUUUAAAUGGACAGUUUCUUUUAAAUGUGAUAAUAGUCUUUGGCAGCAGCAGAUGUUUUAAAGUUCUCUUGUAGACCGCACCUAGUUAGAUGUCAUGGGCAUGAUAAAUAGGCUUAUUUGCUUUAUGAACUGGCAAAACUACAUCACAUCCAGAGUCCAUCUGUGACCUAUGAAGCUGGGUUCAAAAGCUCCAUAAAGGCUAUAGGAGUGACCGGGUGAGGCUGGCAUGGCACCCCCUAAGGCCUGAGCAUUCUAAUUGAAUAGCAGCAGGGUGUAUGAUGUUGUGAAUGAGUUCUUUUCCACUUGUCUCACUUUUAACUGUUGGGAAAAGAAUCCGUCCAAAAAGGAUGACUCAGUUGUUUAUCAUCUUCAUGAUUAUUUUGGCUCAUCUGAGUUUUCACUGUUUGCCCAUAAACCGCAGGACUUUGGCCACCGAUGGAACAGAAUUCUUGAUGAGUGAUGCGUGCACUGAAAGCGUUGGAAAGUGUUGAGCAUGGAAAGUGUUUCAUACUGUGAGUUUUCCUCAGUGGCUGUUUCCACUCAUUCCCUUUGCUGUUUAUUCACAGGUCUCUCCUUAACCCAAUCUAGACACACCACACUGUACACCAUAGCAGUCUGCACGUGGGUAACGGAAAAGACACACUGGACAUGGUUCUCUGACCUGCUUACUCCCAGCCAGGAAUAAGCCCUCUCUGUGCCAUCUCCUUUGGCAUGAUGGGGUUUGAAGUGUUUAAACAAGCUGUUGAGGUCCACCUUCAGCACAAGGUGUAUGAGGUGGCCACUGGGAGGCUGAAUGAGGUGGCAGUGUGGUAUGGUUGUGGAAGCCAGGGUUACUCCACACAGUAGCAACAUGGCCUGUGCCAUCUUCUGUGUAGAUAUGGUGACUGGGAAAUUGUUGUCAAUUAUGUGCCAACAUGCAGAACAUAAACACACAAAAACUUCUAUAGGAGAGAUGAUCACCUCGUACCAUCAGACCAUUCUUUAGACCCGAGUGAGAAUGCCAAGAGCCUUAUACAAAAACACAUGUGAGAUACCCCAGGGAUACUGUAUGUUACCUGUCUGUUCCUCAAGACAAACUAGGGACUGAGGUUGGUCUUGCACUACAUUUUGGGUGUUAGACAUCAAUCUGUAAACUUUGUUUUGGGGUCAUCAGCCUUUCAAAUAAUUUCAUUGACUGUGUCAUCAUCUACUUCCUAUUUUAUGGCCAGAGUCCCAAUUUAAUUUGAAUAAUUUUUGGACUAAGAUCUUAACUAAAUUUGAAAAAAGAAAAGA